CACAGAUGGAGGUUGUCCCCCCAUACAUGUCCAAGCCAUUCCUUUCUUUCAACCUACAAAUUAAGUUCCUUGUCUGCAACAUAUUGGUAUAUAACUGCAAUAUAAAACCAAUGUACAGAUUCAUUUAGGGUGUGAAAGAAUUGGAUAACAUCAAUUAUUAUUUUUUCGAGUUUGAAAGAAAAGCGUGAAAAUUAAAAUGUCAAAUUACCCCUCAGAUUCCGAUGACUAUGCGCCUACUUCUACAAGGAGAUUCUUCGGAACUGAUCAAAAGCCAUUGCACGCCAUUCUUGGAGGAGGCAAAGUUGCUGACAUAAUGUUAUGGAGGAACCCAAAAUUAUCAGCUGCAAUAUUGAUUGGGUCCACAGUCAUAUGGUCCUUAUUCGAAGUUGGGGAAUAUAAUUUUAUCACACUAAUCUGUCACAUUUCAAUAAUUACUAUGCUCAUUUUAUUCAUAUGGUCUUCUGGAGCUGGCCUCAUUGACUGGAAUCCACCUGAUCUAAGAGCAAUCACUAUCCCAGAAUCUACAGUCCGUUGGCUGCUAGCAGAAAUCAAUAAACUGUUAUUGAAGUUCUAUCAAAUUUCAUCCGGGAAAGAUUUAAAGACCUUUUUCUUGGCAAUAGCUUCCCUGUGGAUACUGUCAGGGGUUGGAAACCUCUUUACCUCACUCAACCUGUUAUACAUUGGGUUUGUUGGGUUGAUGAGUUUACCGGCGUUAUACGAACGGUAUCAGGAUGAAGUGGAUUACCUUGCCAACAAAGGCAACCGCGACAUGAAGAAAUUGUACAGGAAAUUAGACAACAAGUUUCUUAACAAGAUUCCAAGAGGCCCAACUAAAGAAAAGAAGAAAUUCUGAGUCAAAUAAUUUAAAUUUGGUUCAAAUGUUCAAUGUUAAUUAGUGGCUCACUAAUUUGUCUCAUCGGAAUAACAUAUAUAGCUGUGAAGAAGUGUACACUUUAUUUCAGAAUAUAUUAUUAAUAUAUUAUUUUAGUUUGCGAUCACAUA